AUCAACUCACCGCCAGAGUCUCUGAUAGCUUUGUUUUUCUCCCCUCAAUUUCUUGGGCUUUUGUUGCUCACCAGUAAGCCGCGAGUCUAGACUCUGCCCAAUCAUCUCCUGACUUUCGAGAGAGGUACAACCCCUCAGGACUUUACCCCACCCCCAAUCCCCUUAGCCUCUGCAGCCGUCCUGGCACCUCCACUGUCCAGGCGGUUCCUUAUCUUUUUUGACUCUUGAACAUAUCGUGGCGAGAUCGCCAGUCUGCGGGAUGUCGAUUUCGGUGCAAGAGCUGGACAACACCGUCCGUGCCUUGUUUGAAGGCAAAGGUGACCUGCAAAAACAAGCCCAGCAGACUUUGACUGAAUUCAAGCAAAAUCCCGAUGCCUGGGUUACCGUUGGCAACAUCCUCCAAGAAGCAUCAUAUCUUCAAACUAAAUACAUUGCGCUUCAAGUCCUUGACGAUGUGAUUAUGACCCGGUGGAAGGUUCUCCCAAGAGACCAAUGCCAAGGUAUCCGUAAUUUCAUCGUCCGGUUUAUCAUCGAAAACUCCGAUUCGGAGGAGAAGCUACACGCGGAGCGGCCCUUGUUGAACAAGCUUAAUCUGGUCCUCGUCUCGAUUUUGAAACAGGAAUGGCCGCACAACUGGCCGAACUUUAUCAACGAGAUUAUUUCCUCUUGCCACGCGAGCCUCUCGAUUUGCGAAAACAAUAUGACUAUUCUGCGGUUGCUGUCGGAAGAGGUCUUUGACUUUUCGCAAGAUCAAAUGACUUCUGUCAAAGCACGGAAUCUGAAAACAUCCAUGACCUCUGAGUUUGCUUCCAUCUUCCAACUGUGUUCUGAAGUCUUAAACACCGCGAACCAGCCCAGCUUAGUCAAGGCGACUCUCGAAACUCUCCUCCGCUUCCUCAACUGGAUCCCAUUGGGCUACAUUUUUGAAACACCCAUCAUCAACACUCUCCUCACCCGAUUCCUCGGUGAGCCUGACUUCCGAAAUGUGACCCUCAAGUGUCUGACGGAGAUUGGUGGACUGCAAAUUGGAACUCCUUACAAUUAUGACGAACGAUUGGUGCACAUGUUCACCGAGACACUCACCACUGUGUCCAACGUCAUUCCUCUGUCCAUGGAUUUGAAGGAGACGUAUGCUAUGAGCAAUGGAAGAGACCAAGAGUUUGUAUCAAACCUGGCUCUGUUCCUCUCGAGCUUCUUCAGUGCUCAUUUGGAUCUCAUUGAGAAAUUGCCGAACCAGGAUUAUCUUACACAUGCGCACUUCUACCUCAUUCGCGUCAGCCAGAUCGACGACCGGGAAGUUUUCAAGAUCUGUUUGGAUUACUGGACUCGGCUGGUGCAAGAGCUCUACGAAGAGAUGCAACAGCUUCCCAUCACCGAUAUCAACCCGCUAGUAUCGAUGAGCGUCAGUGGCCUGGCCAAUGGCGGUGCGCCCAACCCCAAUACCCUAGCGAAUUACCCUCUGCGUAAGCACAAGUACGAGACUGUGCUAUCCAACCUCCGCACUGUGAUGAUCGAGAAGAUGGUCCGCCCGGAGGAGGUCCUAGUAGUUGAAAACGAUGAAGGUGAAAUUGUCCGUGAAUUCGUCAAGGAGAGCGAUACCAUCCAGCUUUACAAGACGAUACGCGAGUGCCUGGUUUACCUGACUCACCUUGACGUGGUCGACACUGAGACCAUCAUGAUCGAGAAACUGGCAAAGCAGGUCGAUGGAACCGAAUGGUCGUGGGUAAACUGCAACACCCUCUGCUGGGCCAUUGGUUCCAUCUCCGGCGCCAUGAACGAAGAAACCGAGAAACGUUUCCUGGUCACUGUCAUAAAGGACCUUCUUGGCCUCACAGAACAGAAGCGUGGAAAGGACAACAAAGCGGUGGUGGCUAGUAACAUCAUGUACAUCGUGGGACAAUACCCACGUUUCCUGAAGGCUCACUGGAAGUUCCUGAAGACUGUCGUUAACAAGCUCUUCGAAUUUAUGCAUGAGACGCACGAAGGUGUCCAAGAUAUGGCCUGCGAUACCUUCAUCAAGAUUGCCAACAAAUGCAGACGUCAUUUCGUGGCUCUUCAGCCGGGCGAGAGCGAACCCUUUAUUGAGGAGAUUGUUCGGAACAUGCGGAAGAUCACCAUGGACCUUUCCCCUCAGCAGAUCCACACUUUCUACGAAGCCUGUGGCUACAUGAUCUCUGCUCAAGGUCAAAAGACACUCCAGGACCGGUUGACUGAGAACUUGAUGGCCCUUCCCAAUUCCGCCUGGGACCAGAUUAUUGCAGAAGCCAACCAAAAUCCGGCAAUCCUCCAGGAUGGCAACACCAUCAAGAUCGUUGGAAACAUCAUGAAGACGAAUGUCGCAGCCUGUUCCUCAAUUGGCACCUACUUCUAUUCCCAGAUCGGCCGGAUCUACCAUGACAUGUUGAAUAUGUACCGGGCAGCUAGUCAGCUCAUUAAUGAUGCCGUCGCGAAUGAUGGAGCUAUCGCUCCCAAAACCCCCAAAGUCCGAGGACUUCGGACCAUCAAAAAAGAAAUUUUGAAGCUCAUUGAUACCUACGUGGAUAAGUCAGACGACGUCACCAUGGUUAACGACAGCAUGGUGCCACCACUCAUGGAGGCCGUCUUGAUUGAUUAUGCUCGCAACGUUCCUGAUGCCCGAGAGGCUGAGGUCCUGAAUGCCAUGACGACGAUCAUCCACAAGCUUCAUAAUCUGAUGGAGGACAAGAUUCCCGCCAUCAUGGACAGUGUUUUCAACUGUACUCUGGAGAUGAUCAACAAAGAUUUCCACGAAUACCCCGAACACCGAGUCGAAUUCUUCAAGUUGCUCCAAGCCGUCAACCUUUACUGCUUCCAGGCGCUCCUCAAGCUCGAUGCUGCGCAAUUCAAGUUUGUCAUCGAUUCGUGCAUGUGGGCAUCAAAGCAUGACAACCGAGAGGUUGAGAACACUGGCCUGACCAUGUGCCUGGAGCUGAUGAACAACAUGGCCGAAACCGACUUGCAAACUUCAAGUAUCUUCUUCCGCCAGUUCUACAUCUCGAUCCUUCAGGAUGUUUUCUUCGUCUUGACGGAUAGUGACCACAAGGCUGGGUUUAAAUCACAGGCUCUGCUUUUGCAGCGCAUGUUCUUCUUCAUCGAAUCUGGUAAGAUCCAAGAGCCGAUCUAUGGCCCCGAUCAAGCCCCGGCCGGAACUUCAAACAAGGAGUUCUUGCAGCAGUACAUUGCAACGCUGCUCCAGAAUGCUUUCAAGAAUCUUCAGGAGGGACAAAUUAAGCUGUUUGUCAUCGGGCUGUUUGAAUACACCGAUGAUCUCAAUAAGUUCAAGACUCAUCUCCGUGAUUUCUUGAUUUCCCUGAAGGAGUUCUCCGAUGAUAAUGCCGAACUCUAUGCCGAGGAGAGAGAACAGGCGGUGCGCGAUGCCCAAACCGCCGAGCGCGACCGCGCCAUGAAGGUAGGAGGUCUCUUGAAGCCAUCGGAGAUGGACCAGGAGGAUGAGCUAUGACUAGACGAAGAACUACGCACCGAGUUCGUUGCUUCUAUUGGUUCUCCCGGACAUGAGCAGGCUUCGAGGUUGACGUCUAGGAAUGACGGCCUUGAUGGCUGGUCCCUCUACGAGCUCUAGAUCACGGGAAGCUGCGAGGCGCAAUUCGAGGCCCAUGGGAAGAUGUGUGUGGAUCUAUUAUUGUUUUUUAUUUCUUUUCCUUGGCUAUCGGGCAUGCGACAUAGACCCUAUUUCUGGCUAAGCGGCGGGUUCUUCGGGGUUGGUGUAUGAAGGCUCUACCGUACGGAACGGAUCUACCAGUUUCAUCCUCUAGUGCACUCGACCCGUGAAAGGCGAGAUAGUUUUUACCAAAUGGUUUAAAAGACCAAAAAGCCAAGACCAAUUCCAAUUCCAAUUC